UGUGCUGCGGCGGGCGAGCUCUGAUGUGUGUCGAGGAGGGGUGACUCGUGGUGAAGAAAAACAAUAAAAAUACAAAAAAAACUUAAAAAAUAACAACAAUAACGAGCACUCCCAGGAGUUUUAUUUUAUUUUAGCUUGUUUUUUUUUUAAAUUGUACAUAUUUUAAGGCGGAGUUUUGUGUCUCCAAUUUUAACUCGAAGUGGGGAAGAGUUAAAUCCACAUCUUUGGCAAUCAUGGGAAGAGGAGAUGGACGAGAGCAGUAUGAGCUGGCCGCAACCUCGGAGCAGGGCGGUAAGAAGAAAGGGAAGGGAAAGAAGAAAGAAAAGGAUAUGGAUGAACUUAAGAAGGAAGUGGAUAUGGACGAUCACAAGCUGACCCUGGAUGAGCUCAAUCGCAAAUAUGGAACGGACCUCAACAAUGGUUUGACGAGUGCAAAAGCUGCUGAGAAUCUGGCCCGUGAUGGGCCCAACGCCCUCACUCCACCCCCCACCACCCCAGAGUGGAUCAAAUUCUGCAAACAGAUGUUUGGCGGGUUUUCUAUGCUGCUCUGGACUGGUGCCAUCCUCUGUUUCCUAGCCUACGGUAUUCAGGCUGCCAUGGAGGAGGAGCCUGCAAAUGAUAAUUUGUACCUAGGUGUUGUGCUGUCUGCUGUCGUCAUCAUCACUGGCUGCUUCUCCUACUACCAAGAGGCCAAGAGCUCCAAGAUCAUGGAUUCAUUCAAGAACCUGGUCCCUCAGCAAGCUCUGGUCGUCCGUGAUGGUGAGAAGAUGAGCAUCAACGCAGAGGAGGUGGUUGUUGGUGAUUUAGUGGAGGUGAAAGGUGGAGACAGGAUUCCUGCUGAUCUGAGAAUCAUAUCCGCCCACGGAUGCAAGGUGGACAACUCCUCCCUGACCGGUGAAUCCGAGCCUCAGACUCGUACUCCCGACUUCUCCAAUGAGAAUCCACUGGAGACCAGGAACAUUGCUUUCUUCUCCACCAACUGUGUGGAAGGAACUGCACGUGGUGUUGUUAUCAGCACUGGAGACCGUACAGUCAUGGGUCGCAUUGCCACGCUAGCCUCCGGGCUAGAGGUUGGACGCACCCCCAUCUCGAUUGAGAUCGAGCAUUUCAUCCACAUCAUCACCGGUGUGGCCGUCUUCCUCGGCAUGUCCUUUUUCAUCCUCUCCCUUAUCCUGGGAUACACCUGGCUGGAAGCCGUUAUCUUCCUCAUCGGUAUUAUUGUCGCCAACGUGCCAGAAGGUCUUUUGGCCACUGUCACUGUGUGUCUGACCCUGACGGCCAAGCGCAUGGCCAAGAAGAACUGCCUGGUGAAGAACCUGGAAGCUGUGGAGACCCUGGGCUCCACCUCCACCAUCUGCUCAGACAAGACCGGUACCCUGACCCAGAACAGGAUGACCGUGGCUCACAUGUGGUUCGACAACCAGAUCCACGAGGCCGACACCACGGAGAACCAGAGCGGCACCUCCUUCGACAGGAGCUCAGCCACCUGGGCCUCUCUGGCCAGGAUCGCCGGACUCUGCAACCGAGCCGUCUUUUUGGCAGAACAGAGCAGCAUCGCCAUCCUGAAGCGAGAUGUGGCUGGUGACGCCUCGGAGUCGGCUCUGUUGAAGUGUAUCGAGCUUUGCUGUGGCUCUGUCCAAGAAAUGAGAGAGAAAAACAAGAAAAUUAGUGAGAUCCCGUUCAACUCCACCAACAAGUACCAGCUUUCCAUUCAUAAGAAUACCCCAUCAGACGUGGAGUCCGGUCACCUGCUGGUGAUGAAGGGAGCCCCAGAGAGGAUUCUGGACCGCUGCUCCACCAUCAUGAUCCAGGGCAAGGAGCAGCCUCUGGACGACGAGUUGAAAGAUGCUUUCCAGAACGCCUACCUGGAGCUGGGAGGUCUGGGGGAGAGAGUACUCGGUUUCUGCCAAUUCCACCUGCCCGAUGACCAGUUCCCAGAGGGCUUUGCAUUUGACACUGAGGAGGUGAACUUCCCCACAGAGAACCUGUGCUUCAUCGGCCUCAUGUCCAUGAUUGAUCCUCCUCGUGCUGCAGUGCCCGACGCUGUUGGCAAAUGCAGGAGCGCUGGAAUCAAGGUAAUCAUGGUGACUGGUGAUCAUCCAAUCACAGCCAAGGCCAUUGCUAAAGGUGUGGGUAUCAUCUCUGAAGGCAACGAGACUGUUGAAGAUAUUGCUGCACGCUUGAACAUCCCAAUUAAUGAAGUCAAUCCAAGAGAUGCCAAGGCCUGUGUAGUCCAUGGAGGUGACUUGAAGGAUCUCACGGCAGAGCAGCUUGAUGACAUCCUGAAGUAUCACACGGAGAUCGUGUUUGCCAGGACCUCCCCGCAGCAGAAGCUCAUCAUUGUGGAGGGUUGCCAGAGACAGGGUGCCAUCGUGGCCGUGACAGGUGAUGGUGUCAACGACUCUCCAGCUCUGAAGAAAGCAGACAUCGGCGUUGCCAUGGGGAUUGCUGGAUCCGACGUGUCCAAGCAGGCCGCAGACAUGAUCCUGCUGGACGACAACUUUGCUUCUAUUGUCACUGGAGUGGAGGAAGGUCGUUUAAUCUUCGACAACUUGAAAAAGUCCAUCGCCUACACUUUGACGAGUAACAUCCCUGAGAUCACCCCCUUCCUCUUCUUCAUCAUCGCCAACAUCCCCCUGCCUUUGGGAACCGUCACCAUCCUCUGUAUUGAUCUGGGAACUGACAUGGUCCCUGCCAUCUCUCUGGCUUACGAAGCAGCUGAGAGCGACAUCAUGAAGAGACAGCCCCGAAACCCCAAAACAGACAAACUGGUGAACGAGAGGCUCAUCAGCAUUGCGUACGGACAAAUUGGAAUGAUCCAGGCUCUGGCAGGAUUUUUCACAUACUUUGUGAUCUUGGCUGAAAACGGUUUCCUGCCUUCUACCCUGGUUGGCAUCCGAGUGGAUUGGGAUAAUAAAUACAUGAAUGAUCUGGAGGACAGCUAUGGACAGCAGUGGACUUACGAGCAGAGAAAGAUCGUGGAGUUCACCUGCCAUACAGCCUUCUUCGUCAGCAUUGUCAUUGUGCAGUGGGCAGAUCUGAUCAUCUGCAAGACCAGGAGGAACUCAGUCUUCCAGCAGGGCAUGAAGAACAAGAUCCUGAUCUUUGGCUUGUUUGAAGAGACUGCCCUGGCUGCCUUCCUUUCCUACUGCCCAGGCAUGGACGUCGCCCUCAGGAUGUACCCUCUCAAGCCCAACUGGUGGUUCUGUGCUUUCCCGUACUCCCUGCUCAUCUUUAUCUAUGAUGAAAUCCGUAAGCUGAUCCUCAGACGCAGCCCAGGAGGCUGGGUGGAACGUGAGACCUACUAUUAAUGACCCGUCAGCCGUCAGUUCAAUCAACUUGCAUCUUCUCCUCCACUCCCGUCUUUGCAUGAAUAUUGUCUUGCUGCUCGGAAUAAAAUUUUAACCUCUGUGAAAAUAAAUUGGAACGUGUUUUUAUAUUAGGGAAUGCUUGAUACUACUAUUAGACAAUUACUGAGAUGGAACGUGCUGAUGAUGAUGUUGACAAAAUGGUAAUGCUAAUAAUGACAUGAACACUGAACAAUGACAUGACUAUGCGUGCCUUGUUUCUGAAACAGGACCAAUUUUAUACAUGUUUUUAACAGUUAUAAACGUUCAAUAAAAAUGCGCUCGAGUCAGGUCCCACAAA